UGGCACAGUCGGAAAUGAAGCGGUCACUUUAAGAAUAGAAGCUACUUUGAGUGUCGGGGCUGAAGGCCUCGCGGCGCCUGCUGAUGACGUCGCGGCGGCUGCCCGAGCCCGGAGUGGCCGAGGCUGGUCUCCACGUGAUGAGCCGCGGUCUCCCUCUCCGGAGCAAGACGGAAGUGAGGACGCCGUGGGCGGUGGCGGGAGCGGCGUGGUCGCGAUGAGUGGUCUCGGCCGGCUCUUCGGGAGGGGAAAGAAGAAGGGGCCAACCCCAGAAGAGGCAAUUCAGAAACUGAAGGAGACAGAGGAGAUACUGAUCAAGAAACAGGAGUUUCUAGAGCAAAAGAUUCAACAGGAGCUACAGACAGCCAAGAAGCAUGGGACCAAGAAUAAGAGAGCUGCCCUGCAGGCUCUGCGGAGGAAGAAAAGGCUGGAACAGCAGCUGGCACAAACUGAUGGAACGUUAUCGACCCUGGAGUUUCAGCGUGAGGCCAUUGAGAAUGCCACCACCAACACAGAAGUCCUUCGUACCAUGGAACUUGCUGCCCAAGGGAUGAAGAAGGCCUACCAGGACAUGGACAUUGACAAGGUGGAUGAACUGAUGGCUGACAUCACAGAACAACAGGAGGUUGCACAGCAGAUCUCAGAUGCCAUUUCUCGGCCUGUAGGCUUUGGAGAUGAUGUGGAUGAGGAUGAACUGUUGGAGGAACUAGAGGAACUGGAGCAGGAGGAAUUGUCCCGGGAGUUGUUAAAUGUGGGUGACAAGGAAGAAGAGCCAUCAAUCAAGCUGCCUGAUGUUCCUUCACCACAUCUCCCGGCUGAGCCAGCUCCCAAAGCAGAUGAAGACGAAGAACUUAAACAUUUGACAGAUUGGGUAUCUGGAUGAGUCUGGACCCAUCUUCUCACAAUGCCUUCGUUGGUCUCUUAUCCUUAAGUGCCAAGUGAACGAAAGGAACUGAGCUAAAGAAAUAUUAACUUUGUGGGAGGUGCUAAGGGUGGUAGGGGAACUCUGCCAUCCCUGCUCAACUCUGAAGGAGUCUGGGCUCCCUACUCUCUGGUAACUGUUACAGUGCUCUUGUUCCCAAUAAAAAUAGACCAGUACAA